GAAGGAAUUGAGGAGGCCGCGCCUCCGGGUUGCACUGAGGAAUCCUACUCCUUUCUCCGAAACCUCUGACAGGUGGACCUUAGAAAGGACGCUACCGGAAAACUUGAUUGGCGCCUUGCUGGCAAUUUUCGGGCACCUUGUGGUCAGCAUUGCCCUUAACCUCCAGAAAUACUGUCACAUCCGCCUGGCGGGCACCAAGGAUCCCCGGGCCUAUUUCAAGACGAAGACAUGGUGGCUGGGCCUGUUGCUGAUGCUUCUGGGCGAGCUGGGCGUCUUUGCCUCCUACGCCUUCGCCCCUCUCUCCUUGAUCGUGCCUCUCGGUGCGGUCUCUGUGAUAGCGAGUGCCAUCAUAGGAAUCAUAUUCAUCAAAGAAAAAUGGAAGCCGAAAGAUUUCCUGAGGCGCUAUGUCUUGUCUUUUGUUGGCUGUGGUUUGGCUAUCGUGGGCACCUACCUGCUGGUGACAUUUGCCCCCAACAGCCAUGAGAAGAUGACAGGCGAGAACAUCACCAAGCACCUUGUGAGCUGGCCUUUUCUCCUCUACAUGCUCGUGGAGAUCAUUCUGUUCUGCUGGCUGUUGUACUUCUACAAGGAGAAGAACGCCAACAACAUCGUUGUGAUCCUUCUGCUGGUGGCGUUGCUUGGGUCCAUGACGGUGGUAACGGUGAAGGCCGUGGCCGGGAUGCUAGUGCUGUCGAUACAAGGCCACCUCCAGCUGGACUACCCCAUCUUCUACGUGAUGUGUGUGUGCAUGGUGGCCACCGCCGUCUAUCAAGCCACGUUUCUAAGCCAGGCGUCCCAGAUGUACGACUCCUCUUUGAUUGCCAGUGUGGGCUACAUUCUCUCCACAACCAUUGCAAUCACAGCAGGCGCGAUAUUUUACCUGGACUUCAUCGGGGAGGACGUGCUGCACAUCUGCAUGUUUGCACUGGGGUGCCUCAUUGCGUUCGUGGGCGUCUUCUUAAUCACACGUAACAGGAAGAAGGCCGUUCCAUUUGAGCCCUAUAUCUCCAUGGAUGCCAUGCCAGGUAUGCAGAACAUGCAUGACAAGGGGAUGGCGGUUCAGCCCGACCUCAAAGCGUCUUUUUCCUACGGGGCCCUGGAAAACAACGACAGCAUCUCUGAGAUCUAUGCUCCUGCCACCCUGCCCGUCAUGCAAGAAGAGCACGGCUCCCGGAGUGCCUCCGGGGCGCCCUACCGGGUCCUGCAGCACACCAAGAAGGACUGAGCCUGGCGCAGCAGCCGCGUCUCCCUGCGCUGCAGGACUUGCCUCGCCUGUCUGGUUUUUCUGUUUGUUUUGUUUGGAAACGGGAACUCUACACCAGGGAUCUUGGACGGCCUUUGUCUCUGGCACAGGAAACUUUCCUCUUGGUCUUGAACAUUUCAAAUGGGGAGGAGGAGAUCCGGGCCCUGGGUGGGUGGCACAGAACCCAGCCUCCUUGAGGAGGGCUAACCGAGCUGCCCCAGCCAGUGACCAAAGGCUGCCACAUCCUUGCGCCCAUCUUUCGGAUCCAGCAAAAAGGCUGGGGACCUCAGUCUCGUCUUCCUCCACCACGACAGUGGGCGUGGCCCAGCCCACAGUCACCGUCUCGCAUCUGUGACCACACUCUGCAGCCUCCGAAGCGGGCCAGCCCUGGGGCAGCACUCUGCAGCCCUGGGGCAGCCACGCGCUGCACGUCGGAAAUGCAUCCGAGGUGAAAUUCCGCCUCCCUGCAGUCUGCCCUUCCAGACUCUUCCAAGCUGUGCUGACUUGAUGCGUCCGCGUGGGCUCUGCUCUGAAAACAAAUUUGCUUUUGGUUCUGGGAACUACUUGAAUCUUCCCCACCCACGCCCCUCCCGCCCCCAAGAACAGGGAGGUCUCCAGAGCCAGAGCAGAUCCUUGAAAGAGGUGACUGCGCGUCUUAGAGAAGGACGGCAGACCCUGCUCUUUCCAGGGUCACUGUUUUUCCUGCUUAGAGGCAGCCUCAGCCCUCUCUACGCUUUCCCCCGGUGAACACACCCAGCCUGAACGGUUCCUUUCCUUAAAUCAGUAGAGAGUCUUUGGGUUCUCAGCCCCGUGCACCCUACAAGGGGGCCUCAAAAGCCCAAGGGAAAAUGGCAUUAAAAGAUCAUGGAAUUUUCCCACCAACCUUGUUAAGUACCCUCUUAUGUCUGUGUAAGCAACCCUUCUCCAUCCUCGGGCUGCAGAAAUCAGAAUUCCUUCUGACUGCAUCCAGGAUGGGUCUUUAGACUGCCUGCUUCUAAACUUUAAUGAACAUAAAGAUCCCUCGGGUGUUGGUUUAAAAUGCUGAUUCCCUUGUCCGAGUGCUGGGCCUGGGGAGGGGGCUUAGAGAGCAGGAGAGUCUGCUGUAGUUUGGGGAUCCAGCAAGGAAAACCCCUGGAAAGCCGGAAUUUCCUCUCUCGGGCUGCUUUGCCUCGCUCCCCCAGUCCCCUAUGACCCAUCCCGGUGUCUACUACCUAGACGCACACUUGCUGCUUCCCCAGGCAGCCUUUAACAAACAGGCCAGACAACAGUGUUACUAGACCAGUGUUGAAAAUCGGUCAUUCAUCUUAGCGGAUUGAUUGUGCUUCGUACCAAUUUAGUAGCUUGACUUCCCCAAAGCCCGUUGCCUGUGGUAAGUGAACACCAUUGUACCAUUUCUGUGUUGUGUCCAAUAGAGCCAAGACGUCAACAAGCAGUGAGCUUUUUCCCAUAGGCCCGACACUGAUUGCAUGCAACGAGACUUGGGAGCCAUUUGCUCUGUGCUGAAGCACUGGGAGGGUGAAGACGAUGCAGAGCAAGCUCCAGGGCCGGCCCUCCCAGCCAACAGGGGGAGACACAGCACCCAGAGCAAGCUCCAGGGCCAGCAGGGGGAGACCGCACCCAGCAAGCUCUAGGGCCGGCCCUCACGGCCAGCAGGGGGAGACACAGCACCCGCCACGCCGUGGGCAAGUGUGAAAUGCAAUGGCUGACUGCAGAAGUGGAUAGUUCAGGAGACCCUGGUGCGGCCACAGAGUGUUUAGACAAGAAUAUGCCCUGGCAGAAGAGCUUUGCGAGGAAAGAGCCAGGCCAGGUGCGGGAGGUGAACCUGGACAGAUACCCAGAGGCAUUAAGAUCAGGUUUUCACAGCUAUUUCGAGUUUCCUUAUUUCCCAAGUGAUUUUCGUGAGGCCAGAAGUUCGGGCAGAGUGGGUGAAGGGAAGACAAGCAGGGAGGCCACUGAAAGGUGUCAAACCCAGGUGAGCAAUCAUUUUUAACAUGACGCCCUCCCACGCUUCCUCUGCCGCCAAUCCCUCUCUUGGUAAGCCUCUGAGAGUCCAGCCAGCUCUCCGGAGGAAAAGAUAAAAAUGCUUUGCAAUUUGGGAGCUGCCACCACAGCCAAGGGAUGCUGUUGUCCGGGAACCCCUGCUGGGGCCUGGGUAGCCCUGCGCCUUCUGGCAUUGUCCUGUGAAGCGGCGCUUGCGGAGGGCUGAGCCGAAAGUUGCCUGGUGGCUUCCACUCAGGAGAAAGUCACUUGGGCUCUUAGGAAGAGUUAGUCACCUGGAGCCAUUGUUUCCAGAGUUCGGGGUCUCUCUUGGGCUAGCUGACUGGGUCUUUGUCCCCCAAAUGGGCAGUUUGCUGGUAAUAAGCAGUACUGCUGUGAGGGUGGGCCAGGGGCAGUCGCCUUCCCACCAUCUGAUGCUUUCUGCUUUUCUCCUGUUUCUGACAGCCCUGAGCCCUAUGGAGUGCCCCAGGCUGCAUCAAAAACUACGCUAACAUGAGGUCACCAGACGUGGGUCUAAACCUCCCAGUGUUCACUCUCCUCCCUCGCCCCCUCUGUUCACCUGUUCUGAAGGGCAGGACACUAGGUCUCCAGAUGAGAAGUUAGAGCCAGCUCUUCUCGUGGCCAUGAAGCCAUGCCUGACGAUGCUGUCACACUAAGUUCAGGUCAGCCUUGGAGUCUGGCACGUGGAGCCCACUGCUGGGGAGUGCCCUAGCCUUUGGUUCUCUGGUAGAAAUCAGCCGACCUGAUGGCUUCAUGCAGAUCUGAUGUCCACCAGGUAGAGGCUGGGAGCCCUGCCCUGCAGCCUGUGAAUUCCAAAUCUGGCCCAACACUGCCCAGUAGGCAAUGAAAACUUACUUUCAUUUCUCUGAGCUGUCCAAAUGAAGUCACCUUAGAAUAUUCUAUGUGGAUGCUUGCGUUUUGUCUACAUUGUAACUAAUGUGGCAUGUCUUACUUUUCAAAACACGUGUGUACUAGGUGCAAAUAACAUUAUGAAGUGGUAUUUAAUUAAAAAACAAACAAAAAACCUUC